UUCCUCUCUUAUCUGGCCAAAAAAUAUCUAACACCACAAAACAAAUAAAAGAAUCAUUAUCUCUCUUCUUUCUCUUUCUCUCAGAGACUAGCAAGAAAGCUUCAAAAGAUGAAAGCUUAACCUUUUCUCCCUAGAAAAAUAUUCUCCUUUUUCAGAAACAAAAAUAAUCCAUAACUUCAUCCUCUUGUUACCCAACAAAAUCAAUCAAAGGAGGCAACAAAAUUUUUGUUAUUUUUCUUUGCUAAACCCUAACUUUUUUUUUUAUAAAGAGAGUACUAGAGGAAAAAAACAAUGAGCAGCCUUGAGGAAUCCCUGAGAUCUAUGUCGUUGGAUUUUCUAAACCUUUUAAUCAACGGUCAAGCUUUCUCCGACGUAACUUUCAGCGUGGAGGGUCGUCUAGUCCACGCCCACCGUUGCAUCCUCGCCGCUCGGAGCCUCUUCUUCCGCAAGUUCUUCUGUGGAACCGACCAACCACAGUCCGGCAUAGACCCGACCCGACAUGGGUCAGUACCCGCUAGCCCAACAAGAGGCUCCCAGGCUCCAGCUGGAGUCAUACCAGUGAACUCAGUAGGUUACGAGGUGUUUCUGUUGCUGCUUCAGUUUCUUUACAGCGGACAAGUCUCCAUCGUGCCGCAGAAACAUGAGCCGAGACCGAACUGUGGAGAAAGAGGAUGUUGGCACACGCAUUGCUCAGCCGCCGUGGAUCUUGCUCUUGAUACUCUCGCCGCCUCUCGUUACUUCGGCGUCGAGCAGCUCGCCUUGCUCACUCAGAAACAACUAGCAAGCAUGGUGGAGAAAGCAUCAAUAGAAGAUGUGAUGAAAGUGUUAAUAGCAUCAAGAAAACAAGACAUGCAUCAACUAUGGACAACUUGCUCUCACUUAGUUGCCAAGUCAGGUCUCCCACCGGAGAUUCUUGCCAAACAUCUCACCAUAGAUGUUGUCGCCAAGAUUGAAGAGCUACGUCUCAAAUCUUCAAUAGCUCGCCGUUCUCUAAUGCCACAUCACCACCACCAUGAUCUCACCGUGGCUCAAGACCUAGAAGAUCAAAAGAUUAGAAGGAUGAGACGUGCCUUGGAUUCAUCAGAUGUUGAGCUAGUGAAGCUAAUGGUAAUGGGAGAAGGGCUUAAUCUUGAUGAGUCUUUAGCAUUGCAUUACGCUGUUGAAAGCUGUAGUAGAGAAGUUGUCAAGGCUUUGCUUGAACUUGGAGCAGCCGAUGUGAACUACCCGGCAGGUCCAGCAGGGAAAACACCGUUGCAUGUUGCGGCUGAAAUGGUCUCUCCCGACAUGGUGGCUGUUCUGUUGGACCACCAUGCUGAUCCUAAUGUUCGGACCGUAGGUGGAAUCACUCCUCUUGAUAUCCUUAGGACGUUAACUUCGGAUUUCUUGUUCAAGGGGGCAGUUCCUGGAUUGACUCACAUUGAACCUAACAAGCUUAGGCUUUGCUUAGAGCUUGUUCAGUCAGCUGCGAUGGUGAUAUCUCGAGAAGAAGGAAACAAUAGCAACAACAACAAUAAUGAUUACAACAACCAGAGUUACCCUCAGAUGAAUGAGGAGCACAACAGUGGAAGUAGUGGAGGAAGUAAUAACAAUUUGGAUUCAAGGUUGGUGUAUCUCAAUCUUGGAGCAGGUGCGGGUCAGAUGGGUCCGGGUCGGGAUCAUGGAGAAGACCAAAACAGUCAGAGGGAAGGUAUGAGUCGGCAUAAUCAUCAUCAUGACCCGUCUACAAUGUAUCAUCACCAUCAUCAACAUCACUACUAGUUCUCUAUUUCUUGGCCAUUAAGUCGCAUGAUAUAUUUAUUAAUUUAGCUCUUGUAUCUUCUAUAUAUAUUUUUGUAUAUGGAAAUGAAGACAUAAGGAGAGUAUGAAGAAGAGUAACAUGGAUGAACAUGCGUUAUAUAUUUGAAAGACUUAGGGUUAUUUAAUCUCGUAGUUCUCCAGAGUUGUAUUGACUAGUCAUUGAAUAAUUUUGCUAUCAGAUCUUUCUAUACUAAUCUC